GUAUCAACUCCACUGUUCUAUCCUAUCUAGAAUCAUCAUCAUUCAUCGAAAGAAACCCACAGCAAUUCUUUCCGCAGCUAUCUUAGUGAUCUCAAAUAGAUUUGAACUCAAGACCAUAAGCAUUCCAGAUUUUACUACGAUCGAGGAUUUCAGAAAAAAACCUUCAAAAUGGCGCUCAAAUCAGCAGUUCACGAAAGUAAAAAUUAUGAAUGAUGUUGUAUUGGCAGUAAAGAAAAAUGCAGAAUGGAAAGUUCUUAUUGUUGACCAGCUUAGUAUGAGAAUGAUAUCAGCAUGCUGCAAAAUGCAUGAGAUCAUGUCUGAGGGAAUUACACUGGUGGAGGAUAUAAACAGGAGACGAGAACCUUUGCCUUUGCUUGAAGCAGUUUAUUUGAUUACCCCAAUUAAGGAGUCUGUCAAGAGUUUAAUGGCUGAUUUCCAAAAUCCUGAGAGCCCUCAGUAUCGGGGUGCACACAUAUUCUUCUCUGAAGCAUGUCCUGAUGAAUUAUUUAAAGAGAUAAGCAAAUCUACCACCUUAAAAUUCAUCAAAACACUAAAAGAAAUAAAUAUAGCUUUUCUCCCAUAUGAAUCACAGAUAUUCUCUCUGGACUCUCCUGAUACAUUCCAAGUAUACUAUAAUGCCUCAAGAAUGCAAGGAAGCAUUCCUAAUUUAGAGAGAUGUGCAGAACAAAUUGCAACUCUCUGUGCCACACUUGGUGAAUAUCCUUCUGUUCGAUAUCGAUCGGACUAUGACAAAAAUGCUGAGUUUGCUCAAAUGGUUCAACAAAAACUAGAUGCCUACAGAGCUGAUGAUCCAACAAUGGGAGAAGGUCCGCAAAAGGAUCGGUCUCAGCUGUUGAUAUUAGAUAGAGGUUUUGAUCCUAUUUCACCUCUUCUUCAUGAAUUAACUUUCCAAGCUAUGGCGUAUGACCUUCUUCCUAUUGAAAAUGAUGUUUACAAAUAUGUAAAUAUUGGUGGAAAUGAAGUACCAGAAAAAGAAGUACUUUUAGAUGAAAAUGAUGAUUUGUGGGUAGAAAUGCGACACCAACACAUUGCAGUUGUCUCUCAAAAUGUGACAAAGAAACUAAAGCAGUUUGCCGAUGCAAAGAGAAUGGGUACAGCUGAUAAAGCCGGAAUUAAAGAUUUAUCACAGAUGUUAAAAAAGAUGCCACAAUAUCAGAAAGAACUUUCCAAAUAUUCCACACAUCUCCACUUAGCUGAAGAUUGCAUGAAGCAAUACCAACAACAUGUGGACAAAUUGUGUAAAGUUGAACAGGAUCUUGCAAUGGGAACAGAUGCUGAUGGAGAGAAAAUCAAGGACCACAUGAGGAACAUCGUACCAAUUUUGUUAGACCAAAAAAUAACAGCUUAUGAUAAGAUUAGAAUAAUUCUUCUAUAUAUAAUUCAUAAAGGCGGUAUUUCUGAAGAGAAUUUAGCCAAACUUGUUCAACAUGCACAUAUCCCAGCUGAAGAAAAAUGGAUUAUAAAUGAUAUGCAACACCUUGGGGUUCCAAUUAUUCAAGAUGGUCUGGUAAAAAAUUAUACCAACAUUUUACAAGAAGUCUCUAGCUAUGGAACUUUCCAAUCCAAUACACCAUGCCAGCAGGGAGGGCGAAGAAAGAUUGCUCAGCCUUACCACACUAACAACCGAAAAGAGAGAACAGCUGAUCAUACCUAUCAAAUGUCGAGAUGGACACCAUAUAUAAAGGAUAUCAUGGAGGCAGCAGUUGAAGAUAAGUUAGAUACUCGACAUUUCCCAUUCUUUAGUGGUGGAGGACCGAGACCAAGUUGUCAACAACCAAUAAGUGUCCGUUACGGACACUGGCAUAAAGACAAAGGUCAAGCAAGCUACAAGAGCGGUCCUCGCCUGAUAAUAUUUGUGGUGGGUGGUAUUGCUUAUUCCGAAAUGCGAAGUGCCUAUGAAGUGACACAGGCUGUCAAGAACUGGGAAGUUAUUCUGGGUGCAACCCAUAUCCUAACACCAGAAGGUCUUCUACGAGAUCUCCGCAAGAUUAGCAAUCCCUAAUUGAAGCAUUAGCUAUUUGGAAAAUCAUUUAAAAAUUCACAUGGUGUACAGCAAGCAGCACCUUUCACAUUCAUUCUCUGUUGGCAUUCCUAUUCAUUUGUUAGUGCAUUCUAUGACAAUUAGAAAGGGAAUUUUCUUAGUCUAUUAAUUUUGUAAAUUUUACCAUUAUUUUUCACUAUUGCAUGAUCCACAAUAUGUAAGUCAUGGUUUUUCACUUAUUAGAAGCAAUGCUUCUUUUCAUUUCUCUACCAGGCUGUGCAUGAAUUUAUAUCAAGAUGAACAUUAUUGUAGCAACCUGAUGAGGUCACACAGAUGCCUACUUGACUGAUUUUCAUCAAGGGCAUCUUUUGGACAUGAACUAGUCAUAAUUACAACCUUAGUAAAUUAUUUUAAUUUUUUAUUUCUUUUUUUACUAAAUAUAUUAAAUAUUUCUUUAAAAACAUUUUUUCACACAAUCAUGAUUUGCCUUUCAAAUUGUUGAAAGGCAAAUGAUGUUUUGUAUCCUUAAAAAAAAAAAA